UCGAAAACUGAAGCAUAUCGAAAAUUGGUCAACAUAAAACAUGGCCACUGCCUGUAGUGAAGAUUUGCCAGUUUCUCCAACAGAUAGUAAGUCUGUGACUGAAUCAGUUAAUUCUUCCGGCAGCAAAAGCUUGUCACGUUCUCCAUCAAUUUCGUCUAUGAAAGAAGACAGAUGGCCUGCAUUAGUUGUUUCCAGGGAACCAAAAAUUGGCGUGAGGAAAGUGAUCAAGUGUGCACAGGACACCAUCUAUCUGUGCAACUUCCGUGUAUCUGUUGAUGGUGAAUGGCUCUGCUUGAAGGAAUUGCAAGAUGUGGAAUUUAGUGUCCCAGAAUCUUCAUCUCAACCAUCAACUCCAUCCCCUGAUGAACCUCUACCACUACUUGCCCGAGACCCUGUAAUGAUUGAAAGAAGUAAUUUAGUGAACAUAUCAAAACUAAUAGUCAAGGAGCUGAUAGAAACAUCACUUAAGUAUGGCCGAAUGUUGGAUUCUGACAGCAUGCCUUUGCAACAUUUCUUUAUAGUUCUGGAACAUGUGUUAAGACAUGGAUUGAAACCAAAGAAGGGCCUGCUUGGACCCAAGAAAGAACUCUGGGAUAUUUUACAGUUUGUUGAAAAAUAUGCUAUCGAAGCACAAGAUAUUACAGCAAGUGUUAGAGAUCUUCCAACUGUUAGGACUCAUAUGGGCAGAGCUCGAGCCUGGUUGAGAUUAGCCCUGAUGCAGAAAAAAUUGGCUGAUUAUUUAAAGAUAUUGAUUGAUCAUAAAGAUGAUCUUUUAUGUGAAUAUUUUGAACCAGAUGCCCUCAUGAUGAGUGAUGAAGCUAUUAUAAUAAUGGGACUCCUCGUGGGUCUUAAUGUUAUAGACUGUAACCUGUGUGUGAAGGAAGAAGACUUGGACUGUCAGCAGGGUGUAAUAGAUUUCUCACUGUACUUGCGGUCAAGUAACCAAUGUAGUGAAUCUUCAGAAGAUGAUUUGGAUCAUGAUAACAUGACAACUGUACUUGACCAAAAGAAUUAUAUUGAGGAACUCAACAGGCAUCUAAAUGCUACUGUAACAAAUCUGCAGACUAAGGUUGAAGCGUUAACAACUACUAAUGCACUGAUGAAGGAAGAUAUGUCAAUUGCAAAAAGUAACAUCUUGUCACUGUAUGAGGAGAAUGUUAAUUUGAAGAAGGAACUCGGCUUGGAUGUAAAUGCAGACAGAAUGGAUGAGGGAGGAGGUGAUGGGGAACCAGCACAUACCAAGAAGUCAGAAACAAACUCAGAGGUAGAAGAACUGAAGAUACAGCUAGAGAAUGAGAGGAAGCAAAGACGUGAGACCGAAAAAGAACUUGGUCUGCAGAUAAGUCUGAAGGCAGAAAUGGAAGUGGCAAUGAAAUUAUUAGAAAAAGAUAUUCAUGAGAAACAGGAUACAAUAGUAUCAUUGAGAAGGCAGUUGGAUGAUAUAAAACUCAUAAACCUGGAAAUGUACAAGAAACUUCAGGAGUGUGAGAGCUCGCUUAAACACAAAACUGAACUAAUCAGCAAACUGGAGGCUAAAACAUUCGCUAUGACUGACACUAUACAGAAAAUGGAGGAAAAGUACAAGCAGUGUGAAAGUGAACGAACAACAGCUGAGGAGUCUUCUCGAAAACUUGGACAGCAAAUUGCAGAAAAAGAGGUGCAAAAUUCUAGUGUUGAAGGUGAUCUUAGGAUAGAAAGGGAAUGGCGGACAUCACUGCAAGAAACAAUGGUGAAGGAUAGAGACAAGAUAUCUCAGCUUCACCAGGAGUUGGGACAACUGAAAUCUGUUGCAUCAAAAUAUGUUUCUUUGCAAGAGGAACACUACCAACUGAAGGAACAGUACACUGAACAAGAACAGACAUUGGAAGAACUUGGUAAUCAACUGAGCAUAUCAAAGCUUCAAGUUGCAGAUCUUAAAGAGGAAGCAACAAGGAAUGUUGCAAAAGGGGAAGGACAGUGGGCCUCAGACAAAGAAGUGACUCACUGUAAGGGGUGUAGUAAGGAGUUCAACAUCACACGGAGACGGCAUCAUUGUCGUAACUGUGGGGAAAUAUUCUGCAAUGCAUGUUCAGAUAAUACUAUGUCGUUGCCAUCAUCUGCCAAGCCAGUUCGGGUGUGCGAUGAAUGCCACGUGUUCCUUGUUGGACGAUACUCGGUUGUGCAGUGAACUGAAGUGUGAUCUCACCAUGGAUGUAAUCAUUGCUUUGAUUUUCAGUGCAGCUCAAUAUUUCCACAUG